AUGAUGACUGCUGCAUCCAUAGCCUCCAUGGACAUGGAGCUUCUGCUGCAGGAUGAUGUUUUUGCUGACUUCUUCAACACCUUUCUGAACCUUCCUGUUUUUGGCCAGACACCCCUUUACAUCAGUGGCACGGGCCGGUGGUACCUGUGGCCAGAGCUGCCGAGCCACUUGGAUCCCAGCCCCGCGGCUUUGCUGGCUUGGCUGGAAAAGCACCGGCUGCCUCACUUCUGCAAAUCCAGCCUGUGCCUCCACCUCGUCCUCUGCCAGAAGCUGCUGGGCUUCAUUCGCUCGGGGGAAGCAGCAGAGCUCCUGAACUGGUGGAGAGCUGACCAGUGGCUGCUGGAGAGGUGCAUCAGUGGGAGCCACGGCAUGCAGCACUUCCGUGCCUUCGUCCAAGGAUCAGCAGGGGAAGAACUGAUUGACUUCUGGCUCAUCACUGAAAGGCUCCUCGGUCUGGAUGAGUCAGAUGGGCAUCAGAGGGACCUGUUCUUGUCCCUGGUCCACAGGCUGAGAGCCACUCACCUGCGUGAAGGCUCCAGCGUCGUCACCCUCUGCACCACCAUCACCGGAUCUCUGCCGAAAGCCAGGCACAUCCAGUCCAUCAGCACCAGGAGGGACAUCCUGAGCAAGAUGCAGGAACAGGCCCUUUAUGUCAUUCAGAGUUACUGGCUCCCUAAAUUCUUUGUGCACUGCAAGAAGGGAAUGAAGGAAGAGGAAUCAUGCCAGCCUUUGCUCCAGGAAUAUCAGGAACGUUUAUCGGGGGCCUGCAGGCAGGAGCCCCCAGCCUUUUCAGAGCCCAUCCCUAUGAUGCACAUCAAAAGGAGCCAGGGUGUGUCAAUGCCCUACUGCAGCCAGAAGGCCAAAGCAGAGAUCUGGGCUCUGGUCAAGGAGGGGAGAGAAAGCCAAGAACUGAGAAUGGCCACUUUUCAGGUGAAACCAGAGAAGCAGCCAGGGCCAGCUGGGAGCACAGAGGAAUUGUGUCUGGACAAGGAUGCUUUGGGAUCGAUUCCCCAGAAGUCAGAGCAUCCUGCAAAUACUGCCUUUGGAGGCAGAGGAGGAGUAACAUUUCCUGGAAGACCUCAGUCCAGUGCAGAACAGGACCUAGAAAACCUCUGUAAGGAGAAAAUCCUCUCUGACCUGCUUCCCUCUGCAUCCCUUGCCCGGCUGCCAUCCCUGAAAAAGCCAGUCAAGACCUUGGAUUUCCUUCCCUGGGCCCUGUGUGCCGAGUCCUGUGCGGGACGACCCUUCAGAGACUUCCUGCAGCGCCAGAACCGGCCCAUGGAGACUCAUCUCCUGGACCUGUGGCACGACCUGGAGGAGUUUCUGCCCGUGGUGCUGGACUCCAACAGAGAAAACAGCUUCUUCCUGCGCCAUUUGAUUGGGGAAAAGAUCUGCAAGACCUACCUGGAGGAUGACAACAUUGAGAAACUCCCCUUGGAGACCGGGACUCUCGUGAGUUUGUGGAACCAUCUGAUAUGUGGAGAAUUCUCCCCCUGGAUAUUCAGAGCCCAGAAGGAGAUUUGCAAGGUGCUCUGCAGCCUCUAUGAGGAAUUUCUGGCCGAUGAUGACAGGAGGUUCCUCCAGUUCAUGGCUCCAGGGAUGGAUGUCCCCAUGCCCGAGGUGCCGGGCCAUGCUGCUGGCACGGAACAUUUCCCCCUGUCCCAGAGGAUGAACCAGUCCCUGGAGCUGAGCCAGGCCUUGCAUGGCACCAGGAGCUUGGAGAGGGUCUCCUCCAAGCUCUGGCAAUUGCUUGCUGCUCGGGACCUCCAGAAAGGGGGCUCCAUCCAGGCAGAGAUGGAACUGCUCCUGGGCAGUGCUGAGUGCCAGAGGAUGAUGGCAGAUGAGCUGGCUGUGGCUAGCCCAAGCAAGGAAGAGGAACUCCUGCAGCUCAUGAGUGCAGCACUUGCUGUUGCAUCCGAGAGGAUUGCUAGAGAGAAUGCUGCUGCUACUGUGAGGAAGAAGGCAUCUAGAAAACACAGUUUUGAGGAGGAGAACGAGGAGGAUGAGAAGGAAGAGGAGGAAGGAGGCUACCAUCAGCAGAAGAAGCAGAAGCAGACACAGAAGCAAAAAAGGACACACAAGCAGAAGGAACAGCAGCAGGAAGAGGAGGAUUUGUUGUCCUGGAGCAAAAAACCCAAGUCCAGGAGUCAUCAGCAUGUGCAGGAAGGGAGAGAGGGCCUCGAGACACAGAGUAUGAGAUGGGCCUGGGAUGCCAUCCGGGAGCUUGUCAGGAGCUUCUGCAAGUUCCAGAGGGAGAUGGAAAAUCACAAACGCCGUGCAGAAUUUGAGGAGUUUCUCCGUCAGGAGCGAAGAAAUGAGAGGGAAAACUUGCCCAUCAAGGAGAAGAAGAAGACAAGUCCCGCGAAGAGCCCACGCUCCCACAAGGACAAAGCCCGGCCGGAAAAGGCGGUGCUGAUAAAGCGCCGCAUUUUGGACAAACAGCUCAUCGUCGUCAACUUCCUCGUCGACGACCUCCGCUUUUACCUGGAGAUGAACAAGUUUUCCAAGUUGGCUGACUGCAAGGAAGCUGUAGCACCCCACAGCGUGAGGUCAGAAAGGCAUGUUGCCUUUCUCAGAAAGAAGCUCGACAUGAUCAACAGACUCUUCCUGAACUCUGAUAUCCCCCCCAAGCUGCGGGUCAACAUCUCUGAGAAAGAGAGGGAUUCAAUCUGUCGUUUAUCUUCCAAGAAGUCACUGACCCGGGCCAUCUACCACAACGCCAAGGUCACCCUCUUCCCCAUCCUGAUGUACUUCUGGAGAAGGUUCUGCACCUGGAAGGUGAUGAGCAGCUUCCACGCCUACCAGGAGGACAGGAGCUCUGGGCUCGUCAAGGGGAACAAGAGAUCCUGGGUCCAAAAGGAGGAGAGGAGCUCUCAGGAGCUCAAACAGCGCAAGGGCCACAAGGAGGGAAAGGUUCCAGCCUCUUCACCUCCUGCAAAAACCCCCUCCAAAGCACCCAAGAAGUUGGUGGCCGUUCCCUCUGCUACACGUUAUGCUCCAGGUAAAAGGCCUGUCCUGAUCUUCACGCUGUCAGAGGGCCUCGAGCUCCUGGAACCACGGCCCCAGAAGAAAGCUGAGCCUUCAGAGGAGCAAAAAGGUGAGGCAGGGCUGAAAGGGGCCCUCCUGCUCCUGCGGGCUGCGGGGAUGGGAGCCAGGCUCGAGGGCUCCCUGCAGCAGCCCACGGAACUAAGGGAACCUCAGCCCUCCCUCGAGCAGCUCUCCCAAAACACAGGUGUGAUCCAAGGAAGCUGA